GUUAUGUUCCUGUGCGUUAUACGGAGAGCUGUUUAGUGACUUACGAGGAAGGAAGCUAUCGCGGCUGCAGCCACCACCGCUACAAGGGACCUCAAAGUGGAAAACAGGCGAGCGUUUCAUGGAAAGGGUGAUAAGAAAUCUGGCCAAACGGAGAGGCGAUGUCAUGGUACGGCAGUGAAGGUUCAGUGUCCACAGCACCAGCUGGCCUCAGAUGAACGCAGGGGGUUGAUGGCAUUUGAUUGAGUGACUCUGAUAUGAAACAGGAACGGCAGGAAUAAAGAGUCAGGACAGUUUCUAAGCAGAAUAAGCAGAGGGCACUUCGCUUUGGUCUCUCGUGACUUCUGGGUAUUAGUAACUAAGGCUGUUGGACUUGGUACUGAAGUGGACUGACGGACCAGCGGAAUGGAAGAGAAACUCAGGAACAGACCCAUGAAAUACAGAACCUUCAUAUGGAAAAGGAGGGGCGAGGCUGACAGCAGUAGCAGAAAGGAUAAACUAACUGUUCAAUAAAAAGAAUCAACCCAGGAGAAACAUUUUUGACCUAAUACAACACAUACAAAUACCUUCCAGAUGGAGGAAAGGCCUAAAUGUGAAAAAUAAGACAUUAAAACUUCUGGAAAAUAUGUGACACUCUUUUAUCAGCUCAUGGCAGGAGAGGGAUUUUUAAAACAAGAGAAAGAAGCCAUCAGCCAUAAAGGAAGAGAUUGAUAAGUGUGACUAAGUUAACGUUUAAAUCUUCUGCAUGACUGAAGACACCAUAAUAAAUUGAAAAGGUGAUGCCGCUCAGGAGGCUGAGGCAAGAGGACUGCUGUGAGUCUGAGUCCAGCCUGGACUACAUAGUGAGACCCUGUCUCAAAAAACAAAAGGAAGAAAAAAGCAAUGCUACUUAUUGGGAGGAGGAGAGAGUCACCAUUGAUGGGCUCAGGAGAGGGUGAGAAACCAUAAUACAUAAAAACUCCUAUCAACUAGCGAGGAAAAGGUACACAAGCUAAUUGGGAAAAUGUGAGCACAUUAUAUGAACAUGCAAUUCGUGGAGGAGAAAAACCUGAACACCCAGCAGACCCAGGAACAUAUUGAGUCGCACCAGCAGUCAGGGAAUCGCUCAUUAAAACCAGACACCACUUUGUGGCUCUCAGAUUGGCAAAAAUUAAAAGUGAGGCUGUUGGAAGCGUUGAUUGCCGCUGCUGCGAGUGAAAAUGAGCGCGGUCUCCCUGGAGAGCCUUAGGCAGCCCCGCCGCAGGGCUUGGCCGCGCACCGGAGGCGUAGCGUCUGCGAGGCUGCUGUGUGUGCGGGAAGUGGAAGGAAGCUCAGUGCCCCUGGGCAGGAAAUAUGGAGGUCCUGAUGUGUUUAGUUCAAAGAGCCUUGCCCUGCAAGCUCAGAAAAAGAUCCUGAGCAAAAUAGCCAGCAAAACCGUGGCCAACAUGUUGAUCGAUGACACCAGCAGCGAGAUCUUCGAUGAGCUCUACAAAGUCACCAAAGAGUACACCCGCAACAAGAAGGAGGCCCACAAGAUCAUGAAAGACUUAAUCAAGGUGGCCAUCAAAAUCGGGAUCCUCUACCGGAACAACCAGUUCAACCAGGAAGAGGUUGCCAUGGUGGAGAAGUUCCGGAAGAAGCUGAACCAGACCGCCAUGACCAUGGUGAGCUUCUACGAGGUGGAGUACACCUUCGACAGGAACGUGCUCUCCACGCUGCUGCACGAGUGCCAGGACCUGGUGCACGGACUGGUGCAGCGGCACCUCACACCUCGGACCCACGGGCGCAUCAACCACGUCUUCAACCACUUUGCCGACCUGGAGUUCCUCUCCGCCCUCUAUCGCCUGGAUGGAGACUGUAGGCCCAGCCUCAAGAGGAUUUGUGAAGGCAUCAACAAACUGCUAGAUGAGAAGGUCCUCUGAGUGGCGCCCUCCCCCUGAACUCUGCUUCCCGCCAUCCAGCCUGGUCCAAGUGAGAAUCAAGACCAUAAGCAGAAGCCCUUGUCGUCAACGUCCGUGUUCUGUCCUACUUGUCCCUCUGAUGCAGACACUGAACUGAGCUCAGGUGCAUCCACCCUGGCUCCCAGCAAGGUCAGGGCUUCCAAUCACCCACGCUCGAAAGCCUGUUCAAAGCAGAGAGGCCGCUUUCCUCCUCGCAAUGGGCUCAGGGCAUCUCAGAAUGGAAGGAGCCCUGGACCAGGAGCCAGAAGAGAGCAAUCCAGUUACCAGCUGCACCGGUCCCGUCUCUGUCCUCUGUCCUGGCCCCGUCACACCCGCCGGCCUCCCUCCCAGGGCUGUUGAGAGGAUGGAUGGUGAUAUGUGCCUCCCCCCUUUGAAAGCCCACCUGGGAGCUAUUGAUGUCCCCUCUGCGUGGAGAGGGAUCAACCUAUGAACAGCAGGGAAGAAAAGAAUCACAGACUCCAACGGGGAGGGCUUGCAGUCUCUCUCUAAAUGUGCUGCGUCAAAGUAAGAUGAAAUCAAAGGUGUAAAGUAUACUGGCAAAUUGAAACAUGUUCAAGAGUUGUGUUUGGGUCUCAGAGUGCAGGUAUGUGCUGGCAUGGAGGGAAUCUGUCCCUGGGGGUGGGGACAGGGUUUCCCGGCCAGCCAUCAGCCCCAGCUCGGAGCACCAUGCGCCCUACCAGGCCAGCCACCCUCGGGCCGUUGGCCACCCACGUGACCCGGGAGGCUUCACCCCAGCACGUACGGGACAGUCAGGCAGAUGAGUCCCCAUUCGUUUUUCUUGGUCUUUCACCGUCGUUUUGUGCUGUCUUCUCUGGUCCAAUAAUAAAACAAAACUACCCUUCCAA